UACCAAUACAAAGAUAUGGCUGCACGUUCUUGUAAUAUAUUCCUAACAUCUUUUCAUAUUUCAAGAAAAAUCAAACUUAUGAGUUAAUAAUAUCUCAUAUUCUUCAUACACAAAACACACACACAAUUAUGCAUCCUUCUUCUUCUUCUGUCAUGAACGUACCCCCUAAAGGCGACAGUGCUCGGUACUCCAAUGGCAGCAACUUCAGUGAUGAAGAGGCUGGUAUUUUCAUGACAAUUGAUAACGAAAAGGGAGCUGAGUUCUUUGCCAUAGAGCCUCCUAGGGCCGUACUUUCUAGGAAUAGCUCGGAAAGGGAGAAACAAAUCUCGGUUGAUCCUAUUUCCUUACAAGGUUCAACCACAACAAUAAGGCAAGCUAGUUUCCGGCUAGUUUCUCCUCCUACUAAUUCUAUUAAUUACGGUUCUGGCCCUAAUGCUUCACCACCUCCAAAACUCAAGUUUGUGAGCACCAAUUCCUCCCCGGAAAGUGCGUCUAAGAAGAUGAAUAGGGUGCAGUCUGUGAUGGAUGACGUGCACCUCGCUAUGGCGGAGUCUAACACACGGAAGAGCAAGUCGCUUGGGGAAGGUAGAACAAGUGGGCCCGCGGAUGACUUUGAUCUUUGGCUUGAGAAAUCAAACCAACACUCAGCAAAAGAUCAAAGCAAUAGUACUAAUAACAAUAAGCAUUUUAAUGGCGGCUUGUCUAAGCCACCACUUGGGCCCGGAAAUGCAGACCGCCAUAACAGUACGAUGAAAAAGAGUAAAAGUCGAGACUCUGAUUACCCCGAGGAUAAGUUUAAGUGUGGGAAGUUGUGCCUAUUUCUUCCUAGAGGGAAAGGGAAGACUGUAAGAUCAAUCUCAUCAACAUCAACGGUUUUGACACAAGCAUCGUGUAAGACCGAACCAAUGGCUAUAUCGAGGAGAGUCUCGUUGGAGAAGUUUGAGUGCGGGUCAUGGGCUUCGUCGUUGGAUAAUGACGAGGGAGAAUCUGCAAACCUUUUCUUUGAUUUGCCAAUGGAGCUGCUUAGGUGUAGUGUGAGUGAUAUGCAGUCACCAGUUACAGCUGCCUUUGUGUUCGAUAACGAUGAUGACAAUGGCAACCACGACAACAACAACAAUAAUAAUAAAGACAAAGAUAUCGAGGUGGACUUCAAUGCCUUCCUAGAAGCACAAAGUUAGAAUUUUUUUUGGUUGGUAGUUUUGUGUUUUAGUUGCCAGCAUAUAUCCUCUUUUACUUGUUAGAAAUUUGCAGAUGAUUUUGUAUAUUUCAGAUUUCACGUCUGUAAUUGAGGAUUCAGUAAAGUAUCAUGUAUGACAUUAAUUACAGA